GGUCAUUUCAUUUCAUCUUAUUUUCAGUUUCACUGAUACUAGGUACUGAUUGUAACAGCAGCUCAGUAGGUAUAAGUAUAAUCUAGUUAGUUUCAGUGUUUCUCUCAAAAAUAAUCUUGGUUGGGUCUCUUCUCUGUCUGUCUGUGCUUGCUUUGGUUGAUGCAUGGUAUAAGUGUGAUCAAAAGUGAGGAUUUAGGUACAGGUUCAAUCCAGAUACAAAAUUUAAAGAUACUAAUAAAAAAUGAGCCAAUCAAGCCCAAGAGUGCUUUCGAUUCAAAGCCAUGUAGUACAUGGUUAUGUGGGCAACAAAAGUGCAGUCUUUCCUCUUCAGGUGUUAGGUUUUGAAGUGGAUGCUAUAAACACAGUACAAUUCUCAACACACACCGGUUAUAAAACAAUAAAGGGCACAGUCCUCAAGAAUGAAGAAAUGGAGGAGAUUGUUGAAGGACUGAUUGCCAAUGAUGUGCAUUACUAUACACAUUUUUUAACCGGCUACUCAAGAUCUGCGGAUUCAAUGAAACAGGUUGCUGAAAUAAUCAAAAAGUUGAGAAAGAAGAAUCCUAAACUCAUUUAUGUAUGCGAUCCAGUGAUGGGCGAUGAUGGCAAAAUGUAUGUCCCAGAAGACUUACUACCAGUGAUUAGGGAUAUAAUAGUUCCCUUAGCAGACAUCAUCACGCCAAAUCAAUUCGAGGCUGAGUUGUUGACAGGGCUCAAGAUGAAGAGCGUGGAAGACGCGCUGAGGGUGACGAAGGCUUUCCAUGAUAAAGGUGUGAAGACUGUCGUGCUGUCCAGCACUGAGCUGGGCGAUGGCAGCAAAAUGAUCGGACUCGCGAGCACAUCAGAACGUUGCUUCAAGAUAGAAAUACCAAAGGUAGAUUCAACGUUUACCGGCACCGGUGACCUUUUCGCUGCGCUUUUCCUAGCGUGGUCACACAAAACCAACAACGAUGUGAAGUUGACGCUGGAAAAAACCAUAGCGACUAUGCAGAGUAUAGUCACAGACACGUAUGACAAUGCAAGGAAGAGCCAAGCGACGGGUGCCCUGUCUCCCGCCAUGAGGGAGCUGCGGCUUGUUCAGAAUAAAGAUGUUAUUAUUAACCCCACUAUAAAGAUCAACGCUGUUGAGAUUAAACCACAUUAACAGAGGUUAGUACAAAGUGCAACUAAGGAUAAGGCUGGUUUCAGAGUCACCGAGUCACAGUAUAGUAAUGUAUAACUUAUAAUAGUGUAUUAUAUAUAAUUACAUAACAGUACAUUAUUCCAUACAUUUUGUCAGGAUCCCACACGAGUAAGUCUAAAGCUCGACAACGCAUUACAAUACACUUUUCAUUGUACGUUCAAAUCACUCGCACUGAGUUGCAGUCAACCAAUCACAGUGCGGCAUUGUGGUUAGCUGCGCGCGUCUCUCUGCAAAUAGACUCGUUAGUGAGAUAUGAAAUAGGUAUAGUGUAAGUGUGCAAGCGUGUGCGCUGAAUGGCGCUGUUCAAACGUGACACUGAAACCAGCCUAACACAUGUGAAAACUAUGGUUUCCUUUUGUUUAUUUUAUUUAUCGCAUAUAUUGUGAUAUAUGAAGAUUAUGAAUUCAAUCACAAUCUUUAUCGCGAUAUUUUGAUAUAAGUUUAUAAGGGAAUGGCUGUUAUUUACUACUUAUUAUUUUUUUAUAUAGCUAUAACGCUGAUCACAGAAAAGCAAAGAGUAAAGAAGUUCGCGUUCAACAUUGCGAAAUUAAGAAUACAUAUGUAAGUAUUCUUUUUUGUUGUUCCUAAACUUAUAGGUAGGUACUUACUACGUAAAAAUAAAAUAUCAUCUAACAUUUUGUGUUUGGUGCAACAUGUGAAAAAGUAGUAAGCUUUUUAUGCUUAUUGAUGUAAUGUAACUACGAUCAAAGUAAACUUUAAUAAUAUAUGCCAGAACAGACAAUAUAAAAGACAAUAAUGUUGAAAGUUUAUAAUGUUUAAAUAAAGUUUAUGUGAAUAAUGAAUUUAAAUUUCUAAUGUGUGCAAGUCGAAAAGUUAAUUCUUUUUUCAUAGGUGUGUGAUUUUUUGUGUAGUAAAAUAUGAUCAAAUUUUACAACAUCCUAUUAUAGGGCAGCCCAUGCAAGGCCCUAUGAAACCUUUACAAUCAAUGUUAUGUUUAUUUUUAUUAUCUUUAGGUUAAUAAGUAGAAAAUUUUACUUCAGUUCAUAUUGCUGCUAACAUGUAUUCGAAAAUGUUAUGAAAGCAAAUUUAUUAGCUGAAAAGCUUUUUAGACGUAUUUUGUUGACCUUUGAGUAUCCGAUGAUAAAAUAUAUUAUAAUUGAUUAUGCAUUGUGAGAUAACAAAUCAGAAUGGAGUUUAGAACUUUACUAUAGAGAAGAGUGAACUUGAUCAAUAAAUGUUGACUUCCAUUUAAUUUUAUCUGUGAUAAAAUUAAUAAGCCAUUACCAAAUAACAUAAUCAUUAGAUGUAAGCUAUAUAAUUGUACGAUAUUCGAUAUUCAUAUGUUAUAGAUAAGGUUUUGAUUUUACAUAAUGUUGAGUUUUAUUUUAUGAAGUUUUUAUGUUGAGUCUAAUAAAUAUUUUUUUAUGUUGA